AUGGGAUUUGGUAAAUUUUAUAGAACUCGAUUAUCUCCAUUUGUUACUAUAGCUGCUCUUUUCAUUGGCAUUCAUAUAUCUUGGUGGUCAAUUCAACAAAACCCAGCACUUGUUGCACCAUCUGAACGUCGUGGUAAUUUAUUAGGUCUUCGUAUUCCAUAUUUAUCGCCACCUACUGACGAUAAAGAAAAGAAAGAGUGA